AUGUCGGGAACGUGUGAUACAAAGGUAAUUAUCAUAAAACACUUUCCAGAUUUUCAAUCUCCGUAACCUUUUAUAUAUAUAUAUCUAUAAUUCUUUUUACGAAAGCCUUAUUAAUUUUAUUACCAUAGACUUCAUACACGUGUUGCAUUCACGAUCUCUUCUUUUUCCUGUUAUGUUUAAAGGAGGAAGGGUGCGUGAGUUAGCGGCAAGGCCAUGACAAGUGACAAUCGAGAUUUUUACUGGUACAAGUCAACUCACAUGUCCCACAAGUUCAAGGAAAGAGGAAGAAAAUACUCGCAGUCUUUGUUCACUGACAUUAAACAUGAUGUUAUCAUUAGAUUUAUAUCUCAAUGUUAUCUUGAAAGUGGGAGCCUUUUUACAUCUCUUGAUGUUCGAUCAAGGGAGAUUGUCGUCAGAAGAAGUUGACUGUACGGGUGUUAAACCCUAUAGUUUGCAUGAAUAACUACAUUUUAGGAGAUUGCAAGCUUUGUUAUUAAAUUGUAUUUUGUUGUUUUUAUUUUGCCUUUUAGAGCAAAUCGAAGUGCUGUUUAGCUGGUAUGAGCAUUAUUUAUUACUUUUGUCUACGAUACACAUGUACAUUGAUUCAUUAGAAAGAAGAGCUGCCGAAAUACGUGGCUCCUUCACAUGUACAUUAAAACUGCAAAACAACACAUGAGUUACAUGUACCUUUCUACCUUAUUUUCGAUUUAUUCUAGUUGUUUUUUAUAGUAAUUGUUUGAUAACAAAGAUUUUCAACAUUUUUUUUUCUUGUGGAAGAUUGCUCUGUUGGAUUCCACUUCUUUGAGAAAGUUCAAGAUCUUCCAACCCGAGGAGCAGUAGAUGUUGAACAUUUCACCAUUGAUGGAAGUUUGUUUCUUGCUUUUGCCAACCAUCAUGGGGACAUUAAAAAAUACAAGACAGGUUCCACAAUCUACAAGAUGGAUAACUCGACUGGAAGAUUGUCUUUGUACCAGACCCUGCAGACAAGAGGAGCGUAUGACCUGGAGUACUUUUCUAUUGACAACAAACAUUUUCUUGCUGUCGCUAAUCAUUACGAUGGAACAUACCGGCUGGAUUCUACAGUCUAUCAAUGGAAUGGAAAGCUGUUUGUAGACUUUCAGAAAUUGUCAACGAGAGGAGCAAGCCACUUCACCUAUUUCAAGGUAUACGGGGAAAAUUAUCUCGCAGUAGCCAACCACUAUGACGGAAGUACCCAUUCUACAAAGUCAGUUAUCUACAAAUGGAGCAGCGGCAAGUUUAACAGAUUUCAAGACAUACCAACUGAAGGUGCCUUCGGAUGUACAGCGUUUGUGAUAAACGGUGACACAUUCAUCGCUUUUGCAAACUAUUACAACUCCCAACACAAGUAUUCUGUUCAGUCCACUGUGUUCAAGUGGUCAGGAGGUCACUUUGUUAAACUGCAGUCUCUUCAGACUUACGGAGCGUACGAUGUGAAGUCUUUCAACGUCAACGGACACACGUUCCUCGCUUUUGCCAACCAACACUCUGGAAGUAAGUACAACACCGAUUCUUUCAUUUACAAGUGGAAUGGUAAGAAGUUCGUCCUGUUCCAGUCCAUUCCUACUCGAGGAGCCAUAGCAUGGUGUCCAUUUGUAAUCAGCGGUCAAACCUACCUUGGUGUGACUAAUUUCCAUGGUGAUAGUCAGAAGCACAACACCAAGUCAGUUGUGUACCAGGCCUCUGGAGCGCAGUUCAUCAAGUACCAAGAGAUUCCAACCCAAGGAGCUUUUGGUAUGACGUCAUUUGAAUACAAAGGUCAUACUUACCUUGCAGUAGCAAACAACUACAAUGGCCAGAAGCACAACAUAAACAGCGCCCUGUACAAGUGGGUAUAG